AUGCACGCAGCCGGUCUCGCACCGCAAUUGCACCCAAAGCACAGAUCUCACAACCUACCUACCGAUAUUUGCAACCAUCGCGGUGGCUCACGUCACAGCACCAACAACCAAAAUAGCCAACUCUUAAACAGCCCAAGGAGCUACUCUAAUGAUGCUCAGACCCCAGGAAGGACCUCAGCGUCCAGAACCAAAGUCAUCGACCCCCUCCAAAACGAAUACUCCAUCGCCACGAAGUCACCAAUUCUUUAUUCAACAACUAUCCGCUCAGACGACAACUGGGACUACAGCGAGUCAAAAAAUUCAAGGUCAGAAAUUGAAUUACCUCAUGUUUUCCACCAAACAUUAUAG